AUGGUGCAUAUCUCACGUCUCACAAGCUACACGCGUGAAGACAUGCGCCGUCUCUUGAUGAUUCUUAAGGAAUUUGUGCUCGUUUACAAAGACAACCGGGUCACCAUCAACUAUCAGAGUCGUCCUGUGGUUUUGUUUUUUGGCACCAUCAUCUCCACUUUCGGAAUAGGUGCAAUCUUUGCCAUCCGCCUGUUGAUCCAUUCGUACAACGACUACCAGUACAAGCGCACCCAGAACCGGCCGGCUUUGAUUCGUCAGUCUUCCACCAUCUUGAAGAAUGGUGCUAGAGAGAUCUUUAUCCCGAAGGGAAGAAACGGAACCAGCCGUAUUAUCAUCCCCAAACCAAACAUGGACCAGUAUGCGUCUGACAAGUAUCUUUACAAAAAUUUCUACAUUGAUCAGAAGUUGAGACAGAACAACAUCUUGAAUCUGAAGUUCUUGAAUCAGCUAGUGAUCAUUUGGCGUAUUCUAAUCCCGAAAUUCUCCUGUAAGAACACAUAUUUGUUGCUUUCACAGUGUUUUUUCUUGAUUUUGAGAACAUGGUUGUCUUUGAUUGUGGCCAAGCUCGACGGUCAGAUUGUUAAAAACUUGAUUUCUGCCAAUGGGAAGAAAUUUGCUCGUGACUUGAUCUACUGGAUCUUGAUUGCAUUCCCGGCCUCUUACACCAAUGCAGCCAUCAAGUACUUGACGAACAGGCUUUCGUUGAGUUUCAGAACAAACUUGAUUCGUUACAUCCAUGACAUUUAUUUGGACAAGGUCAUGACAUACUAUAAGAUUCUGUUUAACCUGAACGAGAUUCAGAACAUCGAUCAGUAUAUUACUAACGAUGUUGCCAAGUUCUGUGACUCCAUCUGUGGGCUUUUCUCCAGUAUGGGCAAACCAUUGGUUGAUUUGGUGUUCUUUUCCGUCUAUUUGAGAGAUAACUUGGGCACUGGUGCCAUUGUUGGCAUUUUUGCCAACUACUUCGUGACAGCAUUCGUCCUUAAACAGUUCACUCCAUCCUUUGGUAAGUUAUCUGCUCGCAGAACUCACUUGGAGGGCCAGUACUAUAACCAACACUUGAAUCUUAUAACCAACUCCGAGGAAAUUGGGUUCUACAAAGGCUCUGUGAUUGAGAAGUCGAAAUUGCGUCAAACAUUCGAUGAAUUAAUGGGCCACAUCAACAAAGAGAUCAAUAUAUCCUUCUCAUACUCCACUCUUGAAGACUACGUCUUGAAAUAUACCUGGUCUGCGUGGGGUUAUGUCUUUGCUGGGUUGCCUGUCUUUUUGGAGGAAUUGUGGCCCACUUCCGAGGGUCACGAUCAUAUCGAUGAGGGAGAAGCUCCUCCAAUUUCGGCUAAGAAAGACCCUCUGGGUGAACAGCAGAAUAUGAGACAAUUUAUCAUUAACAAGAGAUUAUUGUUGUCUUUGGCAGAUGCCGGUUCCAGAUUGAUGUACUCUAUCAAAGAUGUUUCGGAGCUUACAGGUUACACAGACAGAGUCUUCACGUUGCUCACUAAUUUGCACAUGUGCCACUCGCCUACUUUCAAUUAUGGAUCCAAGCUUGGGCCAAAUGAUAUUCACGGUACUAUCCAGAGAAACUUUAUUAACGGAGUUCGUUUUGAGAACAUCCCGGUGAUCAUUCCAGGACCAGAAGGUUCCGAGGGUGAGAAGUUGGUGGAUAAAUUGAAUUUCCACAUUUCUGAGAACAAAAAUCUCUUGAUUUUGGGAACUAAUGGAUGUGGAAAGACUUCGAUAGCCAGAAUCAUGGCCGGUUUGUGGCCGCUCUACAAUGGAUUGUUAUCCAAGCCCAGCGACGAAGACAUCUUCUAUUUGCCUCAAAAGACAUACUUUACCAACGGAAACUUGAGAGACCAGAUCAUCUACCCAUACUCCUACGAUGAGAUGUUCGAAAUGGGAUACAAUGAUGACCACUUGUACCAUAUUUUACGUGAGGUCAAGUUGGAGUAUUUGUUGACUAGAGAGGGCAAUUUCAACGUCAAGAAAGACUGGAAAGACGUCUUCAGUGGUGGAGAGAAACAGAGAAUGAGCAUUGCGCGUGUUCUUUUCAAAAACCCAAAGUUCGUUGUUUUGGAUGAGUCCACCAACGCCGUGAGUACCGAUGUGGAGGACUAUUUAUUUGAGUUGUUGCAGAGGAAGAAGAUUACUUUCAUCACGUUGUCGCACAGACCGCUUCUUAUGAAGUACCACGACUUUAUUUUGGAGAUCAAAAACGAGAAGGGCGAUCCAGGCAACUGGAUUUUCCAUGACUUGACGUCGGAGGAGAAUUUGAAGUCUAUUGAUAACGAGAUCCACGAAAUCGAGCAGAAAUUGGCAAAAGUGCUGGAUUGGGAGAAGAGAAAGGAAGAUAUCGAGAAGUAUUUAGAUGGUAGGUAUGACGACAUACCCGAGAGUGUGGAGAUGUCUGAAUCUGUGUCGUUUGAGUUAUGA